UGGCGCUGUGCGGUGCGUUGUUGGGCCGUUGGGUGGACCACGUGGUCUCCGACGCCUCAAGGCCUGCUCAGCGUGCGCGGGCAUCCGGUGGGUGCGGGAGGCUCGAAGCCAGGCAGGCAGGGAGCCCGGAGCGAGGGGCUGGUUACUGCCAAGAUGGAGCGCAUCGCCUCGGGCCGACCCUGGGGUCCGCGAGCGCUCCUGGGGACGAGGAGUGUGGGGCACCUGCUGCGGGGGGCCGAGGCGCUAAAGGUGGAGGGAAGGAACGCACUCGCGGCAGGGACCUGGCGGGGACGGCCAGCCUCGCCCGCGACGGUAGGGGACUUCCAGGGCGAGGGGGCCCAUCUGCCCUCGGGCGCCAGGAGGAUGCUCCAGCUCCUGGUGCUGAAGAUUGAAGAUCCAGGUUGCUUCUGGGUUAUUAUAAAAGGGUGUAGUCCCUUUUUAGAUCAUGAUGUCGACUAUCAAAAAUUAAGUAGUGCCAUGAAUGACUUCUACAACAGCACAUGUCAAGAUAUAGAAAUAAAACCAUUAACACUGGAAGAAGGACAGGUGUGUGUGGUCUAUUGUGAGGAGCUAAAGUGCUGGUGCAGAGCCAUUGUCAAAUCAAUUAUGUCUUCCGCAGACCAGUACUUGGCAGAAUGUUUCCUUGUGGACUUUGCCAAGAACAUUCCAGUCAAAUCUAAAAACAUCCGAGUUGUAGUAGAAUCAUUUAUGCAGCUUCCCUAUAGAGCAAAAAAAUUCAGCCUGUACUGCACAAAGCCUGUCACAUUACACAUUGACUUCUGCCGAGACAGUACUGACAUUGUACCUGCCAAGAAGUGGGACAGUGCAGCUAUUCAGUACUUUCAGAACCUUCUGAAAGCAACUACCCAGGUGGAAGCCAGAUUAUGUGCUGUGGAAGAAGAUACAUUUGAGGUUUACCUUUAUGUAACUAUAAAAGAUGAAAAAGUUUGUGUUAAUGAUGAUCUUGUUGCAAAGAACUAUGCUUGUUAUAUGUCACCUACAAAGAAUAAAAACGAUUAUUUAGAAAAACCAAGAUUGAAUAUAAAAUCAGCACCCUCCUUCAAUAAGCUCAAUCCAGCCCUUACACUCUGGCCAAUGUUUUUGCAAGGAAAAGAUGUUCAAGGAAUGGAAGAUUCACAUGGUUUAAAUUUUCCGGCACAAUCUCUGCAGCAUACAUGGUGCAAGGGUAUUGUCGGUGACCUCAGGCCAACAGCCACAGCACCGGACAAAGCUGUAAAAUGUAAUAUGGAUUCAUUGAGAGAUUCACCUAAAAACAAAUCUGAAAAGAAACACCAUUGCAUCUCUUUAAAAGAUACAAAUAAGCGUGUUGAAUCUUCAGCGUACUGGCCAAGAAAAAGAGGCAUAACCAUAUAUGCUGAUCCACAUGUACCAGAAGCAAGUGCUUUAAGUCAGAAGCCAAAUGAGAAACCUCUUAGAUUGGCUGAGAAGAAAGAAUAUGAUGAGAAGAAUAGCUGUGUGAAAUUACUGCAGUUUUUAAAUCCUGAUCCUUUGAGAGCUGACGGAAUCUCUGAUCUCCAGCAGUUGCAGAAGCUGAAGGGCCUGCAGCCGCCCAUGGCAGUGCUCCGGAACAAGAUCGAGCCCUGCUUAACCAUUGACUCGUCGCCGCUGUCAGAAGACCUGAAGAAGGCUCUUCAAAGAAAUAAGUUUCCAGGCCCCAGCCACACUGAAUCUUACUCUUGGCCUCCCAUAGCACGUGGCUGUGAUGUGGUUGUCAUUUCUCACUGUGAAAGCAACCCUUUGCUCUACCUCCUACCAGUGUUGACAAUUUUGCAAACAGGAGCCUGCUACAAGUCAUUACCAAGUAGAAAUGGACCUCUCGCAGUCAUUGUGUGCCCUGGGUGGAAGAAGGCCCAAUUUAUUUUUGAAUUAUUGGGAGAAUAUAGCAUGUCCUCCAGGCCUCUUCAUCCUGUGCUAUUAACAAUUGGGCUCCAUAAAGAGGAAGCCAAAAAUACAAAGCUUCCAAGGGGCUGUGAAGUGAUUGUUACGACCCCAUACAGCCUGCUGAGGCUUCUCGCCUGUCAGAGCCUACUGUUCCUCAGGCUCUGCCACCUGAUCCUGGAUGAGGUAGAGGUGCUAUUCUUGGAAGCCAAUGAACAGAUGUUUGCUAUAUUAGAUAACUUUAAAAAAAAUAUUGAAGUUGAAGAAAGGGAAUCUGCACCACAUCAGAUUGUUGCCGUUGGAGUUCAUUGGAACAAACAUAUAGAACAUCUUAUCAAAGAGUUCAUGAAUGAUCCCUACAUUGUGAUCACAGCCACGGAAGAGGCUGCUCUCUAUGGCAAUGUCCAACAGGUAGUACAUCUUUGCCUAGAAUGUGAAAAAACUUCUACUUUACUCCAAGCUCUUGAUUUUAUUCCAAGUCAGGCACAAAAGACCUUGAUCUUCACCUGCUCUGUAGCUGAAACAGAAAUAGUGUGUAAGGUAGUAGAAAGCAGUUCAAUAUUUUGCUUGAAGAUGCAUAAAGAAAUGAUUUUUAACUUACAAAAGGUUUUAGAACAGUGGAAGAAGAAGUUAAGUUCUGGCUCUCAGAUCAUAUUAGCCCUCACGGACGACUGUGUCCCACUCUUGGCCAUCACUGAUGCCACGUGUGUGAUUCACUUCAGCUUCCCUGCCUCGCCAAAAGUUUUUGGUGGACGCCUGUAUUGCAUGUCUGAUCAUUUUCACGCUAAACAGGGCUCUCCUGCAGAACAGGGAGAUAAGAAAGCCAAAUCUGUCUUGCUGCUGACGGAGAAAGAAGCGAGCCACGCAGUGGGCGUCCUGCGCUACUUGGAGCGAGCGGAUGCCAAGGUCCCUGCAGAGCUGUACAAGUUCACCGCAGGAGUUCUGGAAGCCAAAGAAGAUAAGAAAGCCGGAAGGCUUCUUUGUCCUUAUCUGAAGGCUUUCGGUUUUUGCAAAGACAAAAGGAUCUGUCCUGACCGACACCGUAUUAAUCCAGAAACGGACAUGCCCAGGAAACUGUCCAGCCAAGCCGUACCUUCAUUUGGAUACAUUAAAAUAAUACCUUUUUAUAUUUUGAAUGCAACAAAUUACUUUGGCCGUAUAAUUGAUAAACACAUGGAUCUUUAUGCAACUCUCAAUGCUGAAAUGAAUGAAUAUUUUAAGGAUUCUAAUAAAACAACUGUGGAAAAGGUGGAGAAGUUUGGAUUGUAUGGAUUAGCAGAAAAAACGCUUUUUCACAGAGUUCAGGUGUUGGAAGUGAGCCAAAAAGAAGACGCCUGGGCCCUGGAUGACAUCCUUGUAGAGUUCAUCGACGAAGGCAGGACAGGGCUCGUCACAAGGGACCAGCUGCUGCAUCUCCCAGAACAUUUCCACGUGCUUCCUCCGCAGGCUGUGGAGUUUAUUGUCUGUAGGGUGAAACCUGCUGACAACGAAAUGGAAUGGAAUCCGAAGGUUACUAGGUACAUUCAUCAUAAAAUUGUUGGAAAAUUGCAUGAUGCAAAAGUGAUCCUGGCUUUGGGAAAUACAGUUUGGAUUGAUCCAAUGGUGCACAUUACAAACCUUUCCAAUUUAAAAACCUCUGUCAUUGAUUAUAAUGUUCGAGCUGAAAUUUUAUCCAUGGGCAUGGGCAUUGAUAAUCCAGAACACAUAGAACAACUGAAAAAAUUACGCGAAGAUGCUAAGAUACCAGCUUUUGAAGAAAGCCUAAGCCAGACCCCGCCGAGGGUGACAGGGACCAGGCCUGCUCAAGACCAGGAACAUCCAUCCGAGGAGCAGGAGGGGCAGGGGACGCCUCCUCCAGCAGAAGAUGCUGCUUGCCUGCAGAGCCCCCAGCCUGAGGACACGGGUGCAGAAAGAGGGGCUGAGUCCAAGACGAGCUCAGAAAACCAGAAGCCUGAAACUUUACCUGGAAACACUGAAGGUGCCUCCAUUAGCAGAACUGCACAGCUGCCUCUGAAAAGCUUCCACCCACAAAUAAAAUGGUUCCAAAAAGAAGAUGUCGUCAUCUUAAAGAUAAGAAUAAGGAAUGUAAAGGACUACAAGUGUCAGUAUUUAAGGGAUAGAGUCAUUUUCAGUGCUUGGGCGGGAGACAAAUUUUACCUGGCUGAUCUGGAGCUGCGGGGCAACAUAAGGAAAGAUGAUUGCAAAUGUGUGAUUAGAAACGAUGAACCUGUUAUCACUCUGGCCAAAGAGAGAAGGGAGGCAUGGUUUCACCUACUCAGACAAAGGAACCCCAACGUGGCUUUUGAUUUUGAUCACUGGGAAGACUGUGAAGAGGACAGCCACUUCCCCAAGGUAGUGAAUUCUAAAAACCUGCCGUACACAGUGACAGAGGUGGUUGAAGACAGUAGCAGCACUUCAGAGGAUGACGACAGUGAGAGUGAAUGCAAAGGUGAAUGACGUCCUCAAGAGCAGCUGGAAGAUGUUGAACAAAAAUGGAUAUUGCCAUGUGACCAAAAGUUAAGAAAACAGUCAGUCAUAACCAAAUCUUUCUUUUCUUUCUUUCUUUUUUUUUUUUUUUUUUUGAGACAGUCUUGCUCUGUCGGCCUGGCUGGAGUGCAGUGGCAUGAUCUUGGCUCACUGCAACCUCCACCUCACAGGCUCAAGCAAUUCUCCUGCCUCAGCCUCCUGAGUAGCUGGGAUUACAGGCGUGUGCCACCAUGCCUGACUAAUUUUUGUAUUUUUAGUAGAGACAGGGUUUCACCAUGUUGGACAGGCUGGUCUCGAACUCCUGACCUCAGGUAAUCCUCCCACCUCAGCCUCCCAAAGUGCUGGGAUUACAGGUGUGAGCCACCACACCUGGCCAACCAAAACUUUCUUUACCUCAAGGAUAAAUGAUUACUGUCACCUUGUGGUGCUGGACUUGGUAACAGUGAGAAAUUCUUCAUUGACUUAAAAAUAGGCUGAUGACAAGACCAUCAAAGGAGGGUGGACACAGAGAAAUGGCAGGUGUGGUCUGAUUCCGCCGGCUUGUCUGUCCUGUCCGGCGCCUCUCGCCGCUCACCCUGGCAGAGCAGGCGUGCAUCUGGGUGAUGAAAUGCGCUGUCUGGAGUCAGUCCAUUCAUUUUUUUUUCACCUAGACCUCUGUUUGAUAUGUUGCUACAAACCUGAUCUUACACAUAUAAAUUGAGGUUUCUAAUGUACACACUUACACUCAGCAACUGUUGAACCAGGCCUUUCAACCAUGAGAUAGUGGGAUUUAACAUAACCAUCUAUAUGAAUUGAUAGUGUUAGCAUUCUUGGAUAGUGAUAGCUCCUCAGAGUAAGUUGACUUCUGAUGAAGAGAUAGUCCAAGGAUAGAAAUCGGAUUGCUCAGUAAGACCCAGGGCAUUCCGGGAUGAAGCUGCUGGUUCUAAACAAUCCCUUGGACCUGCAGAGUCCUGAGCAGAUGGCACAAAGGUUGCUUUUUAGUGGAAAUUUACAAGGGCCUAUGGGGUGCCUGGGGUGACCUUUGAACGCCUACAUGUCGUGAGUCCUGCAGACAUUCGCCACCCCAUCCGCAUUGUGGCUGCAGCACUGAGGGGUCACCAGGUUUAGGGGAGGAGUGUAUGUAGUCAUGGCCACACCCAGAGGCUGGCUUUUGUGCUUUGGGUUUCUUUGUUGACUGAAAAAGCGAGAAAGGUGAGCUAUUGGGAAAUUAAAAGUCCUGUGCACUCAGUGUCUGUUUAUCAGCUUCGCCUCAGAAUGGAAAAGAAUUUGGAUAGAACAUGAGUGUUGUGUGACGGCCCCAAGAUCUUUAUUAUUUUUUUGUAUCAGACAGCACUGAUGCCCAGGCUUAUGUAUGUCCCAGCAGAAGCCACCGCUUGAACUAGAGGCGAAUUUUGUCAUUCAGCUGUCCUGUGAGCAGGUCUGGAUCACACUCUGGCUCAGUUUUCUCAUCUGUAAAAUGAGACAUCCCCUCAUUGUGUGGCCUGGCCUUGUCUCAGGGAGCGCCUGCCGAGUGCUGCUGGGUUGGGCAGUUUUUCUGCCCAGUGGCUCUGUGAUGGGGGCUCAGAGCCCUGGCCUCUCCUGGGAGGACACGCUGUGCAGCCAGGACAGCUGCCGGGAGUGUGCCCAGGUCACUGCUAUGACCUUCGCAGGGUGACUGGCAGGUAUCGAAUCGGCCCAUGAAGUAAGAUGGUGAUUUUCCUUCUUCGUAGCUAAACCGGGCAGGCUCUUGGGAAGUAGAAAGUUCUGGUGUUUUUUGCUGGCGAAGGUUUUGACUGUGGGGCUCUUCUAACACCCGUGUCAGUGUCCGUUUCUCUGCAUGUGGCUGCUGCCCUGUUGGUGGAGCUCUGGGAGCAGAGACAAGGCCGCCGUCCAGUGGCUCCCUGUGCGCACCAGCUGCCUGCUGUUUACACCCAGGUGCGUCGAGUCUCUUUCAUACAACAUAGCAAAUGAUAAUAGCUAGUGACAAUGUGUUUGCUGUGCACGUGUGAAAAUGCAGGGAGGACAACUGCAUGCUUAGAUCUGUUUCUUUUUUCAGACAUUCAAAUUUUCUAAUAUCUGAAUCUCUAACAUUUUGUAGGAUAUAGGAUGCUGAUUAUGUGAACAAUUAGUCAUUGGUUUUCUGUACUGCUAUGAAUAUGUCUGAUUUCAAGUUUUGGGCAAAUAUCUAAAAUACAAGGUGAAAGUGCCUUUGUCUCUAUGCUUCUAAAAUCGCUCAUACUUAGUUGUGGUAUGGAUGUCUUCUGCAGUGUAUCAUCAAUAAAAUUUCACUGUUUCCACAGAAA